GGAAGUGGGCGGGGCUACUAAACAACACCCUCUAAAGCAAAGUGGAAGGUCAACUAGCUGUCCAUGCAGAAAGCUUAGAGCUGCUCUCUAUAGGAGUAUCUGAGGCCGAGCAGAGUGACCAGGAGACGCUAUUACCCACACUAGACCCAGAGACCCACCCCGAACCCAGCCAUUCAGAGGAACCAUUAGUCAGAGGCCAGAGAAACAAGAUGGAGUCCGUUCAGCUACUAACUAUGAGCAAGAAGAACUGGCUGAACAUUGUCCUUCUAGGCUUUGGCUUCAUGUUUCUCUUUACUGCCUUCCAGACGUCAGCAUUUGUACAGACGAUCACAAUCAACAGCUUUCUAUCCCCAAAAUGUCAAGGCAACUCAACUAACGGCAGCGGCACCUAUAUUGAUGGCGGCAUCCCUAUCACUGAGGAGUUUGUUUCUGAGCUCGGUUACUACAGCCUGUGUCUCAUCUACCUGAUGGUUGCCAUUGGCAACUGGUUGUCAGUACCCGUGGUGGCAGUGUUUGGAUCACGUCUGUCCCUCAUCAUCACUGGAGCCUUAUACGUGGUGUAUAUAGGGGCUCUGGUUCGACCUUACGUUCCAAUGAUAUUCAUCGGAGCAUUCCUAUUGGGCAGUGCCGGAGGAAUUCUCUGGACGGCACAGGGGCAGAUACUAAUCCAGAAUUCCUCGAAGAGUCGCAUGCCUGUCACUAGCGGGAUAUUCUGGCUUAUGCUACAGUCAAGCUUGAUCUAUGGCAACCUGUUCUUCUUUAUUUUCCUGUCCUAUCAGAAAGGAGACAACAUUUGCUUAGAACACUCGGAGAAUUACAUCAUCUUUGGAGUGUUCACUGUGCUUGGUUUAUUGGGGGUGAUGUUUUUUGUCAUACUGUGGCUAGUCAACCUCAGAGAAAAAGCUCCUAAAAGCAUCCAUUCAACAGCUGUAAAUGUCAACGAGGGUCUGAGUGAGAACAAGGGAUUGCUUACAAAGGGUACCACUGACUAUAGUACUGCCCCCUUGAGUGGAAAGGCUGCUUGUAUCGUAGCUGGCAGGUCACUAGUACGUGCUGUGAAGCUCAUGUUUAGUGUGGACAUGAUGCUGCUCAGCAUCACCUUCAUCUACACAGGGUACGAGCUCAACUUCUGGAGUGGAGUGUACGGUACAGUAGUGGGUAGGACUGGAGUGUUCAACAGGGCCAACAUUGGACUAGCUGGACUCUUCAUUGGUCUUGGAGAGAUAGUCGGAGGUGGUUUGUUUGGUAUAUUUGGUCGCUAUACUAAUCGCUGGGGCAAGGACCCGGUGGUACUAUUGGGCAUGCUAGUACACUUUGCUGUGUAUCUACUCGUCUUUUACAACCUCCCCGAGAAUUCCAGUAUAAAGAAUAUAUCCGUACCGGACUCAUUUGGAGCGCUAUUCAACCCAUCAAAUAUCUAUGUCGUGAUGGUGUGUGCGUUCCUGCUGGGACUGGGAGAUGCUUGCUUCAACACACAGAUCUACUCCAUCAUUGGUGCCCUGUACCCCUCGGAUGAAAACAGUGCUCCUGCCAUGGCUCUCUUUAAAUUCUUCCAGUCACUGGCGGCAAUGGUUGGUUUCCUCACCUCCUCCCUCAUCACACUACAGUGGCAGCUGCUAGCUCUCGUGGUGCUAGGAGCCGUGGGAACUCUGACCUUUGCCCUCGUGGAGUGGAAGCAUUACAAGCCACCUCAGCACAAAGACUAACUGACGACUGUGUGCUAGUGUGCUUAGACUUUGAUAUUAUUAUUAUAGUCCCCUUCCCUUCUUUUUACAGUAUCUUGUUGUGCAUUGAAUUGAUUGUUGCGCUUAUUAUUACUACUG